AAUUUUUCUUUGAUACAGAGUACUACCUCCGUUAACUUUUAUUUAUAACUUUGAAAUAUUUUAUAUCUCACAAAUAAUAUCCUAAAAUUGCAAUAAGUUAACUUAGGUAAUUUUUUUUGGCGUUGGAAAAAACAACAAAAUGAUACGAAGAAAUUUGAUUUGAAGACUCAAAGUCUCGAGUAAGUAAAUUGUAAAUUUUUUAACCAAUUACGGAGUAAUUUAGUUGACAUUCUUAGACACUCGAGGAAAAAAAAAAAACAGUUUUGACAUUGGGCUCAUACGAUCAAGUCUUCCCUUCUUCAGUUCUACUCUUCUCUUUCUUUCUCUCUCUCCACUUUAAGCAUCAAAAGCGCGGGCUCUAAAAACACAGAACCAGAAAAACCUCUGAGCCCUAACUUCACAGCUUCUUCUCACUCUCUCCAAUGGCGGCCUCCUCCAUCGCCGCAACCUCAACCAACUCUCUCGAUUCUUCUCUUUGGUUCGACUCCUUCUCUCUCCUCCUCACUGACCUCGAGAAUCUCUCUCCUUCUUCCUCCGACCUCCCUCCUUCUCUGAUUGAGAAGUUGAAGCAGAAUCAUGCUUGGUUCUUGAAUACCGUUACUCAGUUUAAACCUCCGAGUGAAGCGUCGAAGUCGGCGUUGAAUUCUGAGCAAGUUAGUGUUGGUUCGCAUAAAUUGAGUAUUAAACCUCAAUUUAAGGAAUUGGCGUUGAAGCUCAGCUCCACUGUGUGCUUAGAUGAGAUACAGUCGUAUAUUCUUGUCGAAAGGUCGAUGGAUCAGAAAAGUGAUUUUGUUGAUGGUGCCAUACAAGGUUUUCUUCAUGAGAUAGUGCUGCAAUAUUAUACUCAAAGGCAAUGCUUACUUAAAUGUGCUCGCCAAAUGAUUAUUCACGGAUUAAAUGUUGGAUCAUCUGUUGAAGAAGAAAAAGCCAUUUGGCAUGAGGUUUCCAAGCUCAUUUCUGAUGGUCUAGAGAGCAAGUUGAUAUCUAUUCUGGAUGGACAACUAUCAUCAUCUUUUCCUCAACAAAUGGAUGUUGAUCUUUUCAUAUUGUGGGGUGAAGAGAUUCUAAUUGAAGCCAACCUGAUCUUGGACAUUCUAUUUCUUGUAUAUUAUGAGUCAUUCUCUACUUGCAGUGCUUCUAAAUGGAAGGAUUUAUGCCUGCUGUAUAAGGAUAUGACAGCUGGAUCAUCAAACUUUGUUAAGCUGGGUGUGUCUGCUGAAGCUUGUAAAUAUUGUUAUCUUGCUAAGAUUCAGAUGCUAUUGAUACUUAUAGAGGCCUUGGACUUUGAGAGUCUUCUUCAAAUGAUACAUGAUGAAAUUCCCUUUAGCAAGGAUAGCUCUUGUGUGUUUUCAUCAAGUGAUAUCCUAGAAAUGGAUUCUGUAAUAUCCAGUUUUGAUAUUUAUGAAACCAAAGAAGCGGGUCCUCUGAUCCUUGCCUGGGCUGUUUUUCUUUGCCUGAUUGUAUCUCUUCCUGGAAAAGAGGAACACAGUGAGCUAACGGAAGUUGACCAUGUUGGGUAUGUUCGUCAAGCCUUCGAGUCUUCUUCAUUGAGCAUUUUUAUGGAAAUUCUUCAAAGUGAUGUGAUGAAGGAUUCAGAUGGACCUCUGGCUGGAUACCGAAGCAUCUUGAGGACAUUUGUUUCUGCAUUUAUUGCAUCUUAUGAAAUUAAUACCCAGCUGGAAGAUGAUACUUUCAGACUUAUAUUAAAUACCCUAUGUGAGACCUACCGUGGAGAGGAGUCACUUUGUGUUCAAUUCUGGGACAAAGGCAGCAUAGUUGACGGUCCUGUUCGUUGUCUCCUUUGCAAUCUGGAGGGUGAAUUUCCGUACAGAACUAUUGAGCUGACUCGCUUUUUAACUGCAGUCUCUGAGGGGUGCUGGCCUGCGGAGUGUGUGUACAAUUUCAUGGAGAAAUCUGUUGGAAUCUCGUCUGUGGUUGAGAUAGAUAGUGAUUUGUUGGCUGGUGGAGCAUCUCAGCUAAUUGAGACUCAAAUUCCAUUGCAUGUUCCUACUGUUGAAGGUUUACUUAUUCCAAGUAAAACCCGUGGUCGUAUUCUGAGAAUGAUUGAUUCCAAAACUGCUCUUGUGCGCUGGGAGUACAAGCAGUCUGGGAUGGUUAUCUUGCUUCUGCGUUUAGCCCAGAUGCUGGAGCUGAAUGGUAAUGAAGAGGUUCUUGUGAUCCUUGACCUUUUUAGUCGAGUUGUAUCCUUCAACAUGGAUGUUUGUUUUUCUAUGAUGAAUAUUGGCAAAUCGCUUUAUCUUCAAACAAGCUAUGGUGGUGAGCAUAUGGAGGGUGGUAUCUGGAUUGACAUGGUUGAAGUCUUAUGCAACCUUGUCAGAAAUCUGUCACCAUACAGUGGCAGUGUUUUAGCCAUGUCCAUGACUGUUAAUAUUCUUGCAAAGAUGAUGAAAGGCUCACCAUCACAUGUUAGUGCUGUGGUUUUGAAGAUGAAUAUAUUUGAUCUGUCCCUAAAAUCUAGCAUAUUCAAUGAUCAGAACAGUAGUUUAUCAAGUGGUUCUUGGUUACUUUCGGGAAGACUUGCAAAAAUGCUUUUGAUUGAUUGUGAGCACAAUGGUGGUUGUCCCCUGACUAUUUCAGUUUUGGAAUUCACCCAGCAACUUCUUGGAGCUGGGGUAGAAAAUGAAUUUUCCCAUGCUCUUGUCAUGUUCUGUCUUCAGUAUGUCUUUGUAAAUCAUGAGUACUGGAAAUAUAAGGUGAAGCAAGAUCGAUGGAAUGUGACUCUGAAAGUGCUUGAAGUGCUGAAAAUGAGCAUUAUAUCUGUCCUAUACCUGACAAAGCUCGGUGGGUAUAUGAAAGAUAUUAUACUUUCUGAUUCUUCCAUCCAUGGUAUGAUACUUCGAAUUAUUUGUACAACUUCACCAGCAUUAGAGAAACUCAACGCCAGUAGACUUUAUGAUUGGAGAGAGAUUGAUGGGUUGCAGCAUGCAAUAGCCUCCAUGUUGGAUAUUCUAGUGAACAUUCUCUCCACCUUCCCAGAGGAUGACUACUCUGGCUUGCCAGUCUUCUACCAAGCAUUGCUGUCAAACUCUACUAAGCCGAUUCCUGUUGUUGAGGCCCUGGCAUCCUUAAUCUCGUAUUUCCGAAAUCCUGCUAUACAAUUGGGAGCUACUACAGCACUUUCACUGCUAUGCCGGACUGCUGAUCGUUUGCAACCUUAUCUAUCUGGAAACGCAAACUUCGGUCUCGGUGCUAAACAGGUUAUGCAACUAAGAUCUGCCAUUGAAAGUAUUAUUCGUGAACAGCCUGAAAGAAAUGAACCCCUCUUUGUAGCAGCUAUUGAGCUACUCACUUCUGCAGCAACUCACCAGCCUGCUUUUCUUGCUGCUAUAUUUGCUGGUGACGAGAUAAGAGCUGACCAUUUAGGGACUAAUGGUGAUCUAAAUGAAAAGGGAUGUUAUUCAACUUCCCAGGCUUUGAAAUCUGACAAUGCAACACAUCUAGUGGAUAUGCUUGUGCUUUAUGUUGAUAGAUCUGUUACACUUAUUUUGAGGAAUGCCAGAGUUCUUUUAAGUAUACUGAAUCUUAUGAAAGCACUGUGGCAAGGAGCUGCUCAGUAUUUUGAUAUUUUGAAGGCCAUCAGAAAAUGUAAGAUGUUUUGGAAACAGUUGUCUGAAUCUGUAAUUCUCAUCAGCCGUAAAGAAGCUCCCUUGCCGAUAAAUCUUGCUGAAACUGAGGCCCAGAAAUUAUCUUAUGAGUAUCAAUGUCAGUCUGCUGCAUUGGACAUUAUGGCCUUAGAAAUAUUCCUGCAAAAGAAAUUAAUGCAUGUCAAGUCACUGAUGAGACAAACUGAUCAAUCCUUGAAAGAAGGAAUUGGUGGUGUUGGGAAUAAUGCACAAGGUUCCGCAGAAUCUGAGCAGCUAGAAGAUAUCCUGCUAUCUUGGUCUGAUACCCCUUGUUUGAGCAAUCUUCUAAAAUCUUCUGCAGCUUGCAUGUAUGAUACUGAUGUUUAUCUUCAAGCAAAGAUUGCUUUUGGUUUACUUGUUACACACAUAAUUGGGAAGUUGGCCACAGGUGAUUCUGGUAGCAUGUCUUUAUCUUUCAUAGCAGAUGUAACCGCAUUGUCUACAAAGUUAUUCAAGCUACCUGCAUUUUCGGAAUUGUGCACCCAAUAUGCUCAGCAUGGUUACAGUGAAGGAAUCCACAUAAAGAACUUGAUACUCAAUGAUCUCUAUUAUCAUCUGCAAGGAGAGUUGGAGGGACGUGACAUUGAGCAUGGUGCAUUCAAGGAGCUUUCCCAGUUCUUAUCUAGCUCAAAUCUUCUGCAAACUUACCAGAAGAAGUGUGUUAAUGACUACUCGGCAGGAGCCAACAAUGCUUACCUAUUUGAUCUUUGGCGCCUCCAACGUGACAUUGGCCUUCAUAUUUGGGAUUGCUCGGAAUGGAAAGCGUCAAAAAAGAUAGCGGAGAAUACAUUGUUUUAUGUGCAGCGUGCCAACUCCAUGCUGCUAAUCCUCGGUUCAAGACUCCCAGCGUUGCGAGCUCUUGUAACAAUUUUAACUCUUGAUAUGGGGGAUUCGGUGAACAAACAGAAGAGUAUGUUGAAGAAAAUAUCCAGGGACAGACUUCUUGCCUGUGUAGAUCAUGAAUGCAAUGAGUUACAAACAACUUUGGGAUUACUGACAGCUGCAUCAGAUGCUCCACCUCAGGAAGUUCUUAAUUAUGUAGCUGCUCAGACAGAAUUGCUUCUUUGUCUUGUUAGGCACGUUGACAGUGGCAUGCCUUCACCUACUUGUUUGGUCAUACUGAAAACUUGCGGUUUUGGUGUGAAAAAACUGCUUGAGUCUAGACUGUUUGGUAACAAGGUUAAACAAAUAAUUAGGUCCUUAUUAAUGCUGCUUCAUUUGGUGGUGGAUCAUAGUUCUCACAGUAUCUCUUCUUCAAGUACAAAUGGCAGUGAAUCUGAAGUCUCUACUGAAGUGAUUAAUAAUUGUUUGGCCAUAUUGCCAAUACUUUGCAGCUGCACUGAAAUUCCUGAUCAAUCUAUCACCCUUGCAACCAUUGACCUAAUAAUUAAGAGAUUAUUGGCACCCAGCACAUGGCUCCCCAUCAUCCAACAACAUCUUCAGUUGCAGCAACUCAUUGUCAAGCUUCAUGAUCAGAGCUGCUUUGAAUCUCUUCCAGUUAUAAUGAAGUUUCUUUUGACCCUUGCAAGUGUGAAAGGAGGUGCCGAGAUGAUUGUUGCUUCUGGUUUCUUGUCAUCUCUGAGAGUUUUGUUUGCCGAAAUAUCAAAUGGCUGUGUGGCUAACUGGGUUAAGCCUGAGAAAUCCACAAUGGUGGGAGCUGAGAUUGAAAAGCCACAGUUUAUUUGGGGAUUAGGCUUGGCUGUUCUUACAGAAACAAUUUGUUCUUUAGGAGAAACUUCGCUUCGCAACGAAGUGGUAGAUAACAUGAUAUCAUAUUUCUUCUCUGAAAAAGCGUAUCUGAUAGCUUAUCAUCUUAGUAUUAUCCCAUCUGAUGAUCAUGAUAAGAAACGUGCACGAGCUCAGAAGAGGAAGACCUCUUUAUCUGCUUUUAGAGAGAUGGAGCAUACUCUUAUGUUGCUUUGCAUCCUUGCCAAGCAUAGAAACUCAUGGGUAAAGGCCACCAAAGAAAUGGGUUCUGAGCUUCGGGGUAGUAUUAUCCAUCUUUUAGCUUUCAUUAGUAGAAGUCACCGUCUUGGAGAGUCGUCUGGCCGGCCUGUGCCUCUUUUAUGUGCUCCUAUGUCCAAAGAGGAAAAUGAUUAUUACAAAAAACCAUCAUUUGUAAAUAGCAGAAAUGGAUGGUUUGCUGCUGCUGCUCUUGGGUGUGCUCCAGCUGCCAGUCUCCCUGAUGAAUAUUCACAGACUGCUAUUGUGGUGAAGGACCAAGUAAAUGGAAAUGCGGAGUCAGGGAGAUCUACAUACUUCUCAGAUACUGUUGCUGUACAGAUAUAUAAUAUCACAUUUCUCAUCCUGAAAUUCUUACUCCUGCAAGCUAAAGAUGCUGCUGGACGAGCAGAAGAACUGGGUUUCAUUGAUCUUUCCCAUUUCCCUGAGCUUCCAGAUCCAGAAAUAUUACAUUGUUUGCAGGACCAGACCAUUGCAAUCGUUACUGAAGUUUGCGAAAGCAAUAGAUCUAAACAAAUUCAACCUGACACCCAAGCAGUCUGCCUUUUGUUGCUUAAGAUAGUGGAAAUGGCUCUGUAUUUGGAACAUUGUGUCUCUCAAAUCUGCGGAAUUAGACCCGUGAUGGGGCGUGUGGAAGAUUUCUCUAAACAAAUGAGAUUUUUGGUCCGAGCUACCGAGGGACAAGCGUUCAUGAAUUCGUCAAUGAAGCAUUUGAAGCAAAUUGUAUCAUUUGUGUAUCCAGGUUUGUUACAAAACGAAGGAAUUUUGUAAAUUCCGCUAUAUAGCAAGAUAAGUGUUUUGUCCAAAACUUGUACAGAAUAUUGUAAAAGUAGUUCCCUUUAUGUUUCUAUAGAAUCUUAAGACCUUCGUUGCAUCUGGUCACUAGCGUGAUUCCUAGAGGGGGUUAGAAAGAGAGUUGGAGAGAAGUGCAAGUAAGAAAAAUUCCAUAUACCCUCUACGAGAGAUACUUUUCCCAUUCAAUUUGAUGAGGCAAAAUCAUUCAA